AUGGAGCCUCCAUCAAAGAAGAUGCGGACGCUAUUGGACGACGACAGCUCCAGCGACUCAGGCGAUGAUGCCGGCGGUGUCUCCCUUGCCAGGGCGCCCGAGGUGGGCUUCAAGAUCAACGAGGACUAUGCCCGCCGAUUCGAGCACAAUAAGAAGAGAGAAGAGGUGCAGAAGUUGGAACUCAAAUACGGCAAAGCCUCCAGCCUAGGAAAGCACCGGGCCGGUGAGCCCUUCGACGAUGAAGAGUCCUCCUCUGAUGAGGAAGAAGACGAUGAUGGCGAGCUGGCCACCGAAGCUCUCGAUGCCGAGAUUAUGGCCACUCUGAAGGCCAUUCGCGAGAAGGAUCCUCGCGUGUACGACGCAGAAGCCUCUUUCUACUCGAAGUUCGACGAAGACACUGAAGCCCCCAAGGAGAAGAAGGAGAAGUCAAUGACGCUACGGGAUUACCAUCGCGAGAAUCUUCUCAACGGAGUCAAUGCUGCCGAGGAAGAAGAGCGGGAGACUCCCAAAACCUUCGCCCAGGAGCAGGCGGAGCUGAAGGAGGCACUCGUCAAGGAACUGCACGCAGCCGACUCGGACGACGAGAUGGAGGAUGCUGAGGACAACUUCCUGGUCCGCAAGGCUGGUGGAGCCGAUGUUAUCCCGGAAAAGGAGGUCAAGCUGGAUAUUGAGAACGCAGACAAGGACCCAGAGACCUUCCUUUCAAACUUCUUGUCCGCCCGAGCUUGGAUUCCGGAGGCUAGUCGACGGGAGCUUCAUCCUUUCGAAUCGGACGAUGAUGAGGAAGUGGAUCGGGCGGACGCUUUCGAGGAGGCCUACAACUUCCGUUUCGAAGAUCCCAGCAAACUCAAUGAGAAGAUUGUUACCCACGCUCGUGACACCACCAACAGCCUCUCAGUGCGUCGCGAGGAGAAGAGCACGCGAAAGAAGCUACGAGAUGCCGAGCGUCAACGCAAGGAGGAUGAGAAGAAGCAGCGCGAGACUGAGAAGAACCGUUUGCGCAAGCUGAAGACCGAGGAGCUUCAAAAGAAGGUCGCGGAAAUCAAGGAGGUGGCUGGUCUGCGAGCAGCAGAAUUCACCGAUGAUGACUGGGCUCGUUUCCUUGACGACGCCUGGGACGACAAGGAGUGGGAAAAGGAGAUGCAGAAGCGCUUCGGAGAGGGCUACUACGAGGAGCCCGAGAAGAAUGACAAGAAGCAUCCCAAGAAGCCUACUUGGGAUGAUGACAUCGAUAUCAAAGACUUGAUCCCAGACUACGAGGAUGAAGGUGGCGCCAAGCCUUCCGUUGAGUCUGAUGAUGCGGCGGAGGAGGACGAUGAAGAGAUCUCCGGGUCUCAAAAGAAGAGCAAGGCCGAGCAGAGGCGCGAACAGAAGCGUGAUGCUCGCAAGGAUCGUCUCCGUAUCGAAGAGGCGGUGGUCCGAAACCUCGACCUGGACAUUACCCUGCUCCCCGGCGCCACCAAGAAGAACGCAACCCGCUUCCGCUACCGGGAGACUUCUCCCCAGAGCUUCGGCCUGACUGCUCGUGAUAUCCUGAUGGCCGACGACACGCAACUCAACCAAUUCGCCGGUCUGAAGAAGCUUGCUUCUUUCCGCGAUGCGGAGAAGAAGGCUAAGGAUGAGCGGAAGCUAGGUAAGAAGGCUCGUCUGCGCCAGUGGCGGAAGGACACCUUCGGUACUGAGGAAGGACCUGUGUUCCAAUUCGGCACCGGCAAGGUGGACGAGAAUGCUAAGCAGGAAGAGGGUGGUGAUCAAGAUAUGGUUGAUAUUCGCGAGGGGGACGGUAGUGGCAGAAAGAAGCGGAAGCGAUCCAAAAAGCACUGA